UUUGCUGUCUCCUUUGUUCGCCCUCGUUGCGCAGUGGUCGUAGCGCCUCUCUCCUUCCGUUCCGUCAGCGUGUAGCAGACCACACGCGCUGAGGUCCUAGGAAGGCCCAGACGGCGAGCUCGUAGGAGCUGGACACUGUCGCCACCGUUGCGAUUUACCACUUGGAAAAAAAUGGUUGAGGCAGAUCGCCCAGGAAAGCUUUUCAUUGGAGGGCUUAAUACAGAGACUAAUGAAAAAGCCCUUGAAGCAGUGUUUGGCAAAUAUGGACGGAUAGUGGAAGUACUUUUAAUGAAGGACCGGGAAACCAACAAAUCAAGAGGAUUUGCUUUUGUCACUUUUGAAAGCCCAGCAGAUGCCAAGGAUGCAGCCAGAGACAUGAAUGGAAAGUCCUUGGAUGGAAAAGCCAUCAAGGUGGAGCAAGCCACUAAGCCAUCAUUUGAAAGUGGAAGACGUGGACUGCCUCCCCCUCCAAGAAGCAGAGGCCCUCCCAGAGGUCUUAGAGGAGGAAGAGGAGGAAGUGGAGGAACUAGGGGACCCCCCUCACGUGGAGGACACAUGGAUGAUGGUGGAUAUUCGAUGAAUUUUAACAUGAGUUCUUCCAGGGGACCACUUCCAGUAAAAAGAGGACCACCACCACGUAGUGGAGGUCCUCCUCCUAAAAGAUCAGCUCCUUCAGGACCCGUUCGCAGUAGCAGUGGAAUGGGGGGAAGAGCCCCUGUGUCACGUGGAAGAGAUAGUUAUGGAGGCCCACCACGAAGGGAACCCCUGCCUUCUCGUAGAGAUGUUUAUUUGUCUCCACGAGAUGAUGGAUAUUCUAAAGACAGCUAUUCAAGCCGAGAUUAUCCAAGUUCCCGUGACACAAGAGAUUAUGCACCACCACCAAGAGACUAUACUUACCGUGACUAUGGUCAUUCCAGUUCACGUGAUGACUACCCAUCAAGGGGCUAUAGUGACAGAGAUGGAUAUGGUCGGGAUAGGGACUACUCAGAUCAUCCCAGUGGAGGCUCCUACAGAGAUUCGUAUGAGAGUUAUGGUAACUCACGUAGUGCUCCACCUACACGAGGGCCCCCGCCAUCUUAUGGUGGAAGCAGUCGCUAUGAUGAUUACAGCAGCUCACGGGACGGAUAUGGUGGAAGUCGAGACAGUUACUCAAGCAGCCGAAGUGAUCUCUACUCAAGUGGUCGUGAUCGCGUUGGCAGACAAGAACGAGGGCUUCCCCCUUCUAUGGAAAGGGGCUACCCUCCUCCACGUGAUUCCUACAGCAGUUCAAGCCGCGGAGCACCAAGAGGUGGUGGCCGCGGAGGAAGCCGAUCUGAUAGAGGGGGAGGCAGAAGCAGAUACUAGAAACAAACAAAACUUUGGACCAAAAUCCCCAUUCAAAGAAACAAACAAAAAAGUGGAAACUGUUCUGUCAUAACUACCCAAGGACUACUAAAAAAAAGUUGUGUUAGCAUUUUAAAAAUUCCUGUUUAAGUUCCCGUUCAUAAGUUUUAUGUUCUUGUGAGGAAAAAAAGUUAAACAUGUUUAAUUUUAUUUGAUACUGCUUUCAACAGCAAAUGUUAAAAAUGUGUUAAGACUUGACUUGUAUACUACUAGUGUUGUAAUUUUCUAAGUAAAAGUGUCUUUAAAGGCCAUUUCCUAUCUGAUUUUCCCCAUUAAACGAGACAAACACUUUUAAGAUCUUCCACAAACAUCUAGCCAUCUAGAUGUCCUUUGGUCUCCUUUGAGAGAAUGAACAAUCCUAACUAUACAGAAAAACAAGUUUUAGAGGGUGGUUGGGAUUUGCUACACUUAAGAUUCCAGGGUGUCUUCCAACAGAAAUCUCAGUAUUCUCAGUAUGAACCUGAGAUGAGAUUCAUAGGAAAGUGCUAUUCACCCAGAAACCCAAAAAAGCAAAUGGAUAAUGCUGGCCAUACUUUGCUUUUCUGACAUUUCAUUGGGAAUCUGCAAGAACCUCCCCUUUCCCCUCCCCCAGUUAAGUGUGUGUUAAACAACUACAGAAUACUAAAUAAAAAGUUUGGCCAAAACCAACCAUGAAGCUGCAAA